AUGCCGCGGCCGUCGGGAUCGCCGGCGCCUGCGCCGGAGAGGCGCCUCGCCGUGCUCUUGUCCCACUUCCACCCGUGCUGCGAGCCUCCACGCACCAUCCCCGGCGUCGCCAGCGCCGAGUGCCUCGGGACCGCAGCCGCGGCGGAGGCCGAGACGGAGGGGAGCCUCUCCACGUCGCCCUGCGCAGCAGGAGAGGAGAAGGGGGAGUCCUCGGGUGCCGGGCGCUGCGUGUUCUGCAACAUCGUCGCGGGCACCGUGCAGGCCUUCAAGCUCUACGAGGAUGAUAUGUGCUUGUGCAUCCUGGAUGCUAAACCUCUAACAAGCGGGCAUUCCCUUAUCAUUCCAAAAAGUCAUUACCCAUCACUGCAAACAACACCACCAACUACUCAUGUGCACAUCAUUCCACGUAGCAAAGAUGAUAACCUGUGGUCUGCAGAGACCUACUCAAGGAACCCUAUUUCGCAUGGCCAGGAAACUAAGCAUCUUGUUAGCAGCAUCAAGGAAAUAAUCUCUUCUUCCCCCAAAGACUGCAGUACUGUAAUGUCAUCUACGCCAAAGGAACUCUGA